UCCUUUUAAUUCUCCCCACCUCUUCUCUCCCUAUAAUUUUAAACAAGUCUAGUUUCCUUUCUCCAUUACUACAUCUUCCUCUUUCUCUCUUUCAUCUCUUCCCCCCUCUCUUUUUCUCUCUCUACAUACAUAGAGAGAGAAAAACAAACCAAAAACAUCAACAAUAACAAGUAUAAGAUCCAACAUUGUUGAAAAAAAAAACAAUCACAUUUUCAUAAAAAAAAAAAAGAAGAAAAAAUGUUGCCUUUUGAGAGUAUUGAAGAGGCUUCUAUGUCUCUAGGGAGAAAUUUGACAUACGGAGAGACAUUAUGGUUCAAUUACACUGCAAAUAAAUCAGAUUUCUAUCUCUAUUGCCAUAACACAAUCUUUUUGAUCAUUUUCUACACUUUGGUCCCUUUACCAAUGGUUAUGAUUGAGCUAUUAAGGUCCAAAAAGUUUGAAAUUUACAAGAUUCAACCCAAAACUACAUUUACUUUAUCUGAAAUGAUGGAAUGUUACAGAAAAGUCCUCAUCACUUUUGUAUUUGCUGUUGGUCCUCUACAACUUUUUUCUUAUCCCAUCAUUGAGUGGGUUGGAAUAAGGACAAGUUUACCCCUGCCAUCAGCUUCAGAAGUAUUUUGGCAAUUAGUUGUGUAUUUUUUAGUUGAAGAUUAUGCAAAUUAUUGGCUUCACAGAAUGCUCCAUCACUACAAAUGGGGUUAUGACAAAAUCCACAGAGUUCAUCAUGAAUAUGUGGCCCCAAUUAGUUUUGCAGCACCUUAUGCCCACUGGGCUGAAAUUAUUAUAUUGGGCUUAGCUUCUUUUCUUGGCCCACUUUUGGUUCCUUGUCACAUGUUUACAUUUUUGCUUUGGUUUGUCUUGAGACAAAUUGAAGCAAUUGAGACUCACAGCGGGUAUGAAUUUCCAUGGAGCCCAUCAAAGUAUAUACCAUUUUAUGGUGGAGCUAUAUACCAUGAUUAUCAUCACUUUGUUGGGGAAAGUUGUCACAGUAACUUUGCUUCAGUUUUCACUUACUGUGAUUACAUCUAUGGAACUGACAAGGGAUAUCGAUACCAGAAGGAAGUCUUCGAAAAGAGAAGAGAGAAAUUGAAAAUGGAGGAGAAGGUUAAUGGAUCAGCACCUGUUUUCAAAUCUGAAUAAAUGCAAUAACUUUUAUUGAAACCUUUUUGUUGUUCUUCUAUUAAAAAAAUCAUGUAAUCCUGUUCUCUUUGUAUUUCGAGACAAGUUGAUUUAGUAAAACGUUGGAUUAAUUAAGUAAUGUGAAUGUA